GCCAGCGACUCACCACUGUCAACAGGCCUUUUGUGGAUUCUCGCACAUUUUCCCCUAAUUUUGCAGCUUUUUCCAGACUCCAGAGACAAUGGAUCGACUGGAUCGAGGGUGGUUAAAAUCGUUUAAAGUUGCAGUGCUGAGCUCUGAAAGCACCAGGGUGCUUUCCAUGGAAGCCAGCACUGUCAACAACUUGCAGCUGAAUGAAGCCCCGUUGCAAUUGCUGGCCUUGCGGGAAGUUGUUUCCCUGUUUUUGAAUCCAGAAAGAGCUGAGCGAUAUUUGAGCCGAGAGCUACUGAUGACUUUGACUGAUGAGUCCAAAACGGAGGUCCUGGCCAGGCUCUCAAAAUUGGUUCCGAAGUUUGGAUUUGACUUGAAAACUUUUAAAUCUGUGCUGCCUUCUGCCAACGGACGGCUGCAGACUUAUGAUUUCAACCAGUCUGCAAAGUUGCUGCCGCCAGUGGGACUGGUUGAGCUUUUGAUCAACAAAGAGCUCGAGGAGAUUGACUUGGUUUUACUUGCGAAGUGCAGCGAUGAGGAGAUUCUACGAUUUUGGCAGCGACUCUCUGAUCAUUCUGUUAAUCUGCAAGAAAUCAGAAACGCGAAUGUAUUUCUCAGUUGUGAGACACCCCUGGACAACCUGGCAAUAACCAACUGCAUCAUCAGAUUGAGGAACCUGAAAUAUCUCGACGCCUCAAUGUGCUGCCUGAGUGACAACAAUCUUGGCCUGGUAGUGAAGUGUUGCAAAAGUCUGCAAACAAUUUGCAUGCAAAGGUCAGCCAACUUCACCACCAAAGGAGUGGAACAUUUGAAGAAGCUGCCAAAUCUCAAAGAGAUCUUUAUUGGCAGCGACUACUUUAAACAAAUGACCCACGCUGAGCUGGAGAAAGCGGCAAACAUUCAAGUUCUUUUUGAAAAGCUGCCCAGAUUGAAAGUCCUCUGCAGUCUUGCAAAAUUAGAGUACCCCCACUUUUACGAAGGGCGUAUGCAAGAGGAGGGAGUAACUAUUACAUUGCUGCCCAAACUGGAAACUUGCUACGACUUGGAGGUUGUUUACCACGUUGCUGGACAAGUCCACAGAUUGCCUGAGCUUCUGCCGAAUGUGAAGUCCGUUUUCAUCAACUACACCCGGAAUGAAGCUAUUAUUAGCCCUGAAAUUUUGGUGAAAAUGGAGCACUUAGAAAUGCUACUUUUAUCUGGGAGAGACCACGGUCGCCUUUCACUCCAUUCCCUUCAAUCAGUUGGCCCACGUCUGAACCAACUGACGUUGCUGCGAAUGAGUUUCGCAAUCGACGUCUACGAAGUGCUCGACUUGUGCCCCAAUGUGGCAAACUUGACAAUUGAAGGAGACCUCUCUUCUAACAAAAAACCUUCCAAGCCAUGGAAAGGCCACGAGAGAGUUGAGAAAAUCUGCCUCGCCUCAGGAGAUGUGUUCCUUUCAUGCGAAAUGGUCUACUGGGAAGUUCUACUUGGCUCACCUCGUCUUAAGACGGUCUGCUUGUACAAUCUUGUUUUCACUGAUCCUGGGCCCAUCGACGAGUUGUUCUAUGAGAGAUUGACAGCGUUCGGCAGCUGCUUCCUCAUUGGAUCCCAGCAAGCUUUGGAAUGCCACAACCAAUUCAUGCGGAGUGUUCUCGAGUCUCCAAAUUUGAAGAAGUUUGUCUGCUCUGUCCGAGGAAAUCGCUUGCAGGAGACCUCGGGGCUUACACUGGCUGAUGUCCUCGGGGACAGCAAGUGCUUGUGGAGGAAUGCAAGUCCAUUCGACGUUCUCUCCGAUAAUUGACUUAUAAUUUCUUUUCGGCUGUGAGACAUGAUAAGCUUGUUGAACACCCAAUCAGUGCCCUGAGAAGACAAAGAAAUUGGAAGACAGCUCUAAUUUGCUCACUUUUCUGUCUUCUCCGUCCUUGAGCUCUUCUCGGAUCUGCUCCUCAGCUGGUUCCCCAUCUACCUGGCCAAUUGCGGCUCUUUUCCUUGUCUGGUGCAGCUCUAUUCUGCACUUAAAUUUCAAUGUUUCAUUCAUGGUUCAAGAGCGAGCUUUUACUCGACAACCUCUUUCAACAGCCAAUUAAACACCCGUCUUGUUUUUUUUUUUUAUGUGCGGAUCACAAAGAAAAUGUAACUCUCUCUCCUAUAAUUUGAAUGAUAAUAAUUCCCAUAUAAUUGUACUCAACAUUAAGGACUCCGAAAUUAAUGUAACUGCUCAAAAUAAAGUUUUAUUUUUGUUGAUUGGACAGAAAAUUCUUAUUCUUUUUUAUUU